AUGACGCGCAUCCCGACCCACGAGCUGGCCCGUUACCUGUUCAAUGGCCAGCUCUCUCGCCGGGGCUGCGCAGCCGCGGCGCGAAGACCAUACACCCGUUCGCCGGCCCGUUCCGUACUGGUAUGGUCGCCUGCGUCACGUUUCGGAGAGUCGAGGGCAACGUACGCAACCGCCCAGGCCACGGCAGCACCUGCGGAGGCGCCGCCAGUCCCCCUACGGAAGAAACUCAAGGAGGAGAAGAAGCAGCUCAAAAAGGAGGCGAGAAACCAAAAGCCCAAGGGGAGCAAUCAGACGGUCGAGGGCUGGGAGUUGACUGUCGGUAUUGAGAUCCACGCGCAGCUGAACACGGCGCGGAAGCUUUUCUCGCCAGCGGCGACCUCGUUCAACGACGACCCCAACUCCCAUGUGGCGCUCUUCGAUGUUGCCAUGCCUGGCAGUCAGCCGAGGUUCCAGAAGGAGACUCUUAUCCCGGCUUUGCGCGCGGCAUGUGCUUUGAACUGCGAUAUCCAGCCCGUCAGCCGGUUCGACAGGAAACACUAUUUUUGGUGGGACCAGCCCUCGGGCUACCAGAUCACGCAGUACUACGAACCUUUUGCUCGGAACGGCGAGAUCGAACUCACUGCCCGAGACGGCAUUGCCGCAGAGGACGGAGAGAGCGUCACCAUCGGCAUCCAGCAGAUCCAGAUGGAGCAGGACACCGCAAAGACUCUGGCCCAGCCAAACGACAUUUCCUGGCUCGACUUCAACCGUGUUGCCCGAGCUGCACCACCCCGUACUGCCGCUGCGUUUGUCCGCAAGAUCCAGGUCCUGCUGAACGCUGUCGACGCAUGUGUUUCGGGCAUGGAGACGGGCGGUCUGCGUGCGGAUGUCAACGUCUCGGUUCGCAGGACUGGCGACCCAAACACUCCGCUGGGCACGCGGACGGAAAUCAAAAACUUGAGCACCAUCAAGGCCGUCGAGGAUGCCAUCAUCGCCGAGCGCGACCGACAGAUUGCGGCACUCGAGGCCGGGGAGAAGAUUGCCAGCGAGACUCGAGGCUGGACACUAGGCUCCAAGCACACCCGCAGGCUGCGGGGCAAAGAGGGCGAGGUUGACUACCGCUACAUGCCGGACCCCGACCUUGGCCCUCUGGUGAUUGGCGAGGACCUCGUGAACCACAUCAGGGACUCGGUCAAGGAACUGCCAGACAUGGAGUUGACCGAGUUGAUUCAAGAUUACGGGCUGACCGCCAAGGAUGCGCUCUCGCUCAUGUCGCUGGACAACGGCGGCAGGCUCGAGUAUUUUUACAAAGUUGUGGAUGAGCUCGGUGAGGCUCUGGCCAAGUCGAACCUCGACUCUGGUUUACACGCCUACGCGCCUCUCGCCGGCAACUGGAUUCUCCACGAGCUCGGUCGGCUGACCACCGACAAGGCGGAUCCCGAAUCCGCUCAGCGGACGCUGGAAAUCACUCCCGAAGGCCAUUGCGACGCCGUGCCGCAUACCGCCCUCGCCGAGAUCCUCCUGCACCUGCAGAAGCGGGACAUCACCGGAAAGGUCGCCAAGGAGCUGCUGGUGGCGCAGUACCUCGGCAACCUCGACGAGUUCGAUUCGGUCACGGACGCCAUCAAGACGCACGAGCUCUGGUUCAAGGAGAUGUCGGACGCAGAGUACCAGCAGCUCGCGGAGAGCGCCGUCGAGGGCGAGGACAAGGUGCUCAAGGAGUUCCGGGAGAAGAAGAACUAUCCGCAGGGCAAGCUGAUGUACCUCGUCGGCAAAAUGAUGCGCAUCGGCGAGACGGAGCGGAUCGACCCCUCGGGCGCGGAGAAAGUCAUGCGUCAUCUCAUCAAGGAGCGGACGGGCGCGUACCAGGACUGA